UUUCUCAUCUCUUUCAUUUUUCGAUUCGGUUUGACUUUAAUUCUGUGUUGGAAUCUUUUAUUCUGGACUAAAAUUGACGUCUGAAUAAGUUUAAUAGCUUUUACUAAGAUAUUUGAUGAUCCAUGAUCCCAAAUGAUCUCUGAAGUUGUUAUGCUUGUGCCCUUCUGUCAUGCUUAUCUGUCCAUUGGGCUAAUUGGAAUAAUUUGAUAGCGAGGGGCCAGCAUUUGUAUAGCAUGUACCUUGAGACCAAAACGUGCAAUAUUUUUGGUGGAAAAAGGAUUUUCUCUUUGUUGCAGAUAUCUUGAAUGGAUCAUAUCCCAUUGUUCCAGAAUCUUCUAUUGUGUGGCAUUUUCCUUAUGCUAGAUUUAUAGAAGAAUCUAUCUCCUUUUUUGGUCCUAGUGUGGACUAUAAGCUUCCUAGCAUAUGUUAUCCCACUUCAAUUUAUCAUCUUGUAGCCAUUUUUCUUUAAUUUCCUUCCACUCCACUUCCCCUUCCCCCCCCGCGUUUGUACUUUGCUUUAUAUGCUUUGUUUUGUGGGGGUUCCAUAUUCUCUUUUGCAUAUGGCUUAGUUGUCAAUCACGUUGGAAGCUCCAUUGUUUCUGGCUAUCAAUGGGGGACAGAAGCUCUGUAUGUAAAGGGCUAUGCUCUAACUUUGGCGCAUCGGUUGUUAAAUCAGCACCAACGGCAGGAAGAGGAGGAGGGUUGUUGGAGAGACCUGUUAUUGAGAAAGCAACUCCUGGAAGAGAAUCUGAGUUUGAUUUGAGGAAAUCAAGGAAAAUGACACCACCAUAUCGUGUCAUUCUGCAUAAUGACGACUUCAAUAAACGAGAAUAUGUCGUUCAAGUCCUGAUGAAAGUCAUCCCUGGAAUGACACUUGACAAUGCAGUUAACAUCAUGCAAGAAGCUCACUGCAAUGGCUUGUCACUGGUCAUCAUUUGUGCUCAGGCUGAUGCUGAAGAACACUGCAUGCAGCUCAGAGGCAAUGGGCUGUUAAGUUCAAUUGAACCUGCUAGUGGUGGAUGCUGUUAAGCCUUUUCUUCAUUGGAAUACAUUCAUGUGUAUUCAAACUUGUCUUCAUAAAAUGGAGAUGGGUUGGGAUUAAAAAACAUAGGGAAAAAAAAAGGAAGGAAGAAGAAGAUUGGAAACUGGUAUGUAAGUAUCGGAGAACUCCUUGAUAUUUUGUUUGUUUUGAGAGUAGAAAGACUCUAUUUUGUCUUCCUUCUUUGAUUAUCUUAAUUGUCUCUUUUAACCCACAAAAGAUACAUAUACGAGAAUUGUAUAGGAAAAUUCUUCCCCAUAGGUUGAUGAUAAAUAUAACAUAGAAAUUUGUAAGUGUUUUGUUCAUUUGAUCUCAA